GUCCUUUGCCUGCUUGGUUGUCGGUCAUAGACAGUGGUCAUAAUCACACCUUCUUCGCUACAACGCAAACAUGAGCUACAGUAACAACUACGAAACGUCUUACACAUCAUAUGGUGGAGGAGGUGGAGGCGGCGGGGGGUUUAUCCCUGGUGACGGCAGCCAGAAUAGUCCCAGCGGCGGUCCAAAGGAUUAUACUCGUGACACUGUUCGCCCCGUUACGAUCAAGCAAAUCAACGAUGCACAGUCCGUUGGCGAAGAAUUCAAGAUUGACGGAGCACAAGUAGCACAACUCACUUUCGUCGGCCAAAUCAGAAACGUCUCGUCACAAACAACGAAUUUAACCUACAAGCUCGACGACGGUACCGGUAGCAUGGAAGCAAAGCAUUGGAAUGAUAAGGAUACGGCCGAUGAACCAAGCCCGGGGAGAGAAAAGCUAGUAGAGGGUGCAUACUGCCGGGUUUGGGGCAAGCUGAAGAGCUUCAAUGACCGCAAGCAUGUCGUCGCCACUAUCAUACGCCCAGUGGAAGACAAAAACGAGAUCUCAUACCACCUACUCGAAGCGACAUAUGUGCACCUACAUUUUACGCGGGGCCCGAUCGGUGAAGGCUCAGGUGGUGGAGGAGGCUCGAAUGGAGCAGCACAGCAACAAGACAGCGGAGGUCACGGAGGCGCUGCGUUGGCAGGUCAUAAUUCGGUCGCAAAGAGGGUAUAUGAAUACCUGAGGACAACACCACAGACAAACGAAGGUCUACAUCAGCAAGACAUUGCAUCAAAUCUUAAGAUUGAUGCUGCCGAGGUCUCAGCUGCUGGAGAUCAAUUACUCGCUGACGGUUUGAUAUACACGACCGUGGAUGAUUCAACAUGGGCUAUAUUAGAGACGGACUAGGGAGCCAGGAUGGAAGAUUCGACUACUCUGAGUAGAAUUGCCACCAUGUAUCAUCAGUAUAGGAAGAAAGCGGUUGCCAAGGCCGAUCAUCAGGAACAGCUCCAACACACAAGAAAACACCAGGAAGCCCAAUGUUCGAGCAUUGAUUGUAUAUGAGAAAUGAUAAGCCUCUCUUGCA